AUGCGUCUGUUGCGAAAAGCCAUUAGAUCUGAUGGUAAAGUUGAAGUGAAAGUGUCACUAAGCACGAGUGAAGAUUUGUGGCAUUUAUAUAACUUAGUGAUUCCCGGUGAUCGUGUGCGAACAAAGACGAAACGCAAAGUGGCGAAGGAAACAUCAACGGGUACACAAACCGCUCAAGUGCAUGUCAUCACAUUAGAACUAGAAGUGCGACAAGUGGAUUUUUCUCCGGAUGAACUCCGUCUUCAUGGUGUUAAUGUAUCCGAGAAUGACUAUGUGAAGUUAGGUGCUCACCACACAUUAUCUAUACAUACAUUUCCUCCGCAGGAUGUUACGAUUAUUAAGAAGGAGUGGGAUGAAAUUAUAAAUACCCGUCUGCAGGAAGCUUGCGAUAAUGAAUCUAAAGCAGAUACUGCGGCCGUUCUCAUGGAUAAUGGAAAAGCCAAUGUGCUACUGGUAACACCUUCUUUUAUGUAUACCAAGGCAAAAGUGGAAAUAACGAUUGCAAAAAAACAUAAAAAUGAUGGAACGGCACGAGAUAAGAGUAUUCAACGUUUUUUUAAACAUGUUAUGGAUGCUAUAUGUGCACAUAUUGAUUUUGAAAAAAUAAAACUGGUACUUAUCUGUUCUCCCGCCCAUAUUCGAGAAGAGUUUAAGCAAUACAUGGAACGUGUGACAAUGCAAGCAGAGACUGGUCCACUUCGAGUUAUUCAUAAGAAUCUUUCCAAAGUGGUUCUUGUAAAGGUAACAGAUAUUACAAAUGAUGCGCUACGCACGGCCUUUGCAGAUCCCAGCGUCGCAAGACAAAUGGAUUCCACACGAUGUAGUGAUGAAAUUAGAAUUUGGCAGAAUUUUCAAGACACCAUGAAUAAUGAUCCAGAUCGAUGUGUGUAUACGCCACAGAUUGUACAUCAAGCCGCAAUGAUGGGUGCUGUGGGUACACUUAUGAUUAGCGAUGCCUUAUUUCGAUCUAGUAGUCCAAUUGAGCGACACUUUUACUUAUCUCUUGUCCAAUUUGUGAAACAGGGUGGAGGGAGGGUUAGUAUUUUUUCUAGUAAUCAUGUAACCGGAGAACAGUUAACACAGUUAGGUUCUAUUGCAGCUAUUUUACUGUUCCCCUGUCCCGAUCUAGAUGAUGUGCCCAUAAAAGAAGAUUUCAUAAAUAGUGAAGAAGUUGCUGCCUUUGUACGUGAAAAUGCUCCUGCACGUGUUACUGUAUAA